AUGUCUGUCGACUCAGAGAUCACGCGGUCGCCCCCGAGUGACAGUGAUGGCGCGCGGAAACGAAAGAGGGCUUUGAAGGCUUGUGUUAUUUGCCAUCAACGCAAAAUCAAAUGUGACCUCGACUUCAAGGAAGUAGGGCAGCGGUGCACUAAUUGCGAGGAGCUGAAUCUGGAGUGCGAACUGUACAAGCGCAAGAAGAGAAUCAAAAAGUUCCAGAUCCACAAGAACCUCUCCGAUCUCCUGGAGAAGACCAAGAUCGAAACUCUGAAUGCAGUUCGUAUAGACCCUGCCGAGCUGAUGGAGAAGUUGAAAAAAACUCGCCAUCAUGAGUACAUUUACAGAAGUUACUCGGACGCCGAAAACAGGCUUGUGACCAGGCUGUUUGACGAGUAUUCCAAGGAACAGCAGUUCCAGGACGUCAGCGACGCGAGUAUCCGCAACCUGAACCUGCUGGGCUGUUUUAAUUUACCCGAGAAGGCGGUUUGCCAGACCUACGUCGACUCCUAUUUCCAAAAUGUGCACCCCCUGAUUCCGAUCUUGAACAAAGAGACUUUUCUGGCCGAGAACAGUAAAUACACCAACCCCACUUCUUUGUUGCUGCUGCAGACAGUUCUUUUCGUCGGCUCCAAGUUUAUAAAGUGCGAGUCCGAGGAAAGCAGGCUCACACAGUCCAAGAUUACCAACAUACUGUAUGGCCGGGCCAAAGCUCUCUUUGACCAUGACUUUGAGGGCAACCCGGUCAGUCUGCUCGCAGCGAUGGCACUGUUGGGACUGGGGCUCGAAGACCACUACUUCCACACGAAAUCUCUCUACUCGUGGCUCCAGGUGUCGAUUUCUGUGGCCAACUCGCACGGUUUUUUUCAGAACGACCUUUCCGAGUACACCGAAAAAGAACAAUGUCAAAUCCGGAAACUGACCUGGUAUUUUAUCUCCAAAGACACUGUGGUGUCGGUUAUUCUUGGCAAACCGCGUCUGAUAGACGUUUCCACCGUGCCGUCAGAGAAACUCUCGCUUAGGGACUUUAGGUUCGACACCGACAUCACAGACACUAUAAAGCUAUACGCCAUCGAACAUUUGCGUCUAGCCGAGGCUUUGGCCGCCGUCGACCAGACGGUGGUAAACGGCAGCGCCGGUUUACCCUCCAGCGAACAAGACACUCUGCUAGGAAUGUGGUUCGACACUGUCCCUAACGAGCUGAAACUGGGCACCCAUACGCAAAAAAAUCCAAAUUACCACAGUCUUAUUAUAUGCUGCAAUUACUUCUGCACUCUCAUCACGUUACAUCACGCAAGCAUUGUCCACUCAAUUGCGUCCGAAUCACCGUCGCACAACCAGGCGGACAGCCAUAGACCUUCGUGGGAAGUGAUCUUCCAAUGCUGCAUAACAGUCGACACGAUAUUGAAAGAACUGAAAAACACUGCGGCGCUGUCCAUUUUUGGCACGGAAAUCAUUAUUUGGACUUUCCUGCUGGGAAAGGUGCUGACCUAUUUCCUCAGGGCGUCGGACCCGAGCGUCGCGAAAAGAGGACGCGAAAUCGCAGACAAUUUACUAGACAUUCUCGAAAACGGUAUUGAUAACUGGAAUCUCACACAGAAGUUCCACCACGUACUUAGCAAACUGUUCAACGACGAAAACAUACAGGACGAGCUGCUGCGCAUCUAUGUCGGGCCGAACCACACGGGCUCGAAGGUGGACUUUUCGCAGCCAGACGUGCCUGUCAAACUGGAGAAAUCUGAGGCCGAUGCAAGUUUCGAACGGGCUGUCUUCCAAGACCCCGUGAAGAGCUGCGAUCCGCAGGCGAGUCCGUCGCAACGGCUCAAGAAAAUCUCCAUUGCAUCUCUCAUCUCACCCCCAGACGCUGUAGAGUCUGUCAACGUUCAGAAUAGUGCCACUGGCUUAUGGAACUACGCUGAUCAACACUAG